AUGGCUAUCGAAGAAUCGAAACUAUUUGAAAAAUGGAAUAUUCAUAUACUAAACAGUGUCUUCAUUGGUUUGACCUGCAUUUCAAUUGGCCUUGGAGUUUGCAUGCGCUAUGCCGAGGCUCAACUCUCACCUAGAUUUAUAGGGUUAUUCCAUUAUGGUAAACUACCAUUUAGGGCAGACACUAAAUACCUUUCACUGCUGAAGGUGCCCAAAUCAUGGAUGUGCCAUUUUUAUACAUACGGUUUGAUUUUAUCCUGGUGGUCUAUGUAUCAUGUUGUGCUAAGAUUGUGUCUGCACAAGGAUCUGCCUGAGUACAUGGCAAUGCUAUUUGCUUAUGCCGUGGGGGGUAGAAGGCAGCAGGUGCUAAUCGAGUCCACAACAUGUUUUAUUGUGAUUACUUUGAUGUGUCUACAAUGCACCAGACGCUGCUUUGAAACAAACUGCGUUCAAAUUCUCUCCAGAAAAAGGCAAUUAAAUGUCCUUUAUUAUAUCAUAGGAUAUUUGCAUUAUUUUGGUAUAUUACUCAUACCAAUGAUCAAUGCUGAGGGAUUUGUCGAAGGUUCUAAACCAUCUUCAAUAAAUCUUUUCAACAUGCCUUUGGGCCAUUACGUAUGUAUUUUGAUGUUCCUCAUGUGUUGGUGGUAUCAAUAUCGUUCAAAUAUUAUGCUGGUUAACUUUCGCAAAGAUUACAAGACAGGCAAGGUGAAAACAGAAGAGUACAUCCUACCCAGGGGUGGCCUCUUCGAGUAUGUGUCUUCGCCCCAUAUGCUUUGCGAAGUUGGAAUGUAUAUAGCCUUAUUGGGAUUCUUAUAUAGAUUAACUACAUGGUGGCUGGUAAUUCUUUGGGUUGUUUCAAACCAGAUCUAUGUAAGCGUUUCUUCGCACUCGUGGUAUAAGAAAACCUUUGUCAACUAUCCCAAAAAGCGAAAGGCUAUAUUUCCAAUGAUUCUCUAG